GUGCGCAGCGCGCGGGGGCUGAGCCCAGCCAGUCUGUCAGCGCGCGGGCUCCAGAGCUGCUCUUCGUGCCGGAGCCCGGGACGCGGCGCCCCGGGGGAGGAGGGCGAAGGGCCGCGGCGAUGGCUCCGCCAGGACUCCUGGAGUCCGCUGUCCUCGCCGCUGCUGUCUUCGUGGGAGGCACCGUGAGUUCGCCUCUCGUGGCCGCGGAUGUGACUCAGUUCCCUAUAUAUGGGAACCUCUUGGGAGCCUACGUAGCAUGCUCUUGGGCCCAGAUAUCCGGCUGCCUCUGGUACAAUGAUGGCAGCCGCCCGUUUCACUCCAGAACUGAGACGACGCCCUCGCCCACGAACAAUGGAAAUGGACACCCAGAAUACAUUGCGUACGCGCUUGUCCCUGUGUUCUUCAUUAUGGGUCUUUUCGGCGUCCUCAUCUGCCACCUGCUUAAGAAGAAAGGCUAUCGUUGUACAACAGAAGCCGAGCAAGACGUGGAAGAAGAAAAGGUUGAAAAGAUAGAGUUGAACGACAGUGUAAAUGAAAAUAGUGACACCGUUGGGCAAAUUGUCCACUACAUCAUGAAAAACGAAGCAAAUGCUGAUGUUUUAAAGGCAAUGGUAGCAGAUAACAACCUGUGUGAUCCUGAAAGCCCGGUGACCCCUAGCACUCCUGGGAGCCCGCCUGUGAGCCCCGGGCCCUUGUCGCCAGGUGGCACCCCAGGGAAGCACGUCUGCGGCCACCAUCUGCACACAGUGGGUGGUGCUGUCGAGCGGGACGUGUGUCAUCGAUGUAGGCACAAGCGGUGGCACUUCAUAAAACCCACCAACAAGUCCAAAGAGGGCCGCUCAAGGCGCCAAGGAGAAGUUACUGUCCUCUCUGUGGGCAGGUUUAGAGUUACGAAAGUGGAACACAAGUCAAAUCAGAAGGAGCGGAGAAGUUUAAUGUCAGUUAGUGGGCCCGAUAGCGUCAAUGGGGAGGUGCCUAUGACACCCUUGAAGAGAGAGCGAAGUGGCACAGAGUAGCAGGAGCGACUUUAUUUGAAGAGUUCUAAGAGACUGAAAACUUAUGACAUAUAAAGUUGCCUAGGGAAUUAUUUUUUUAUCUUUUAUACAAUUUCUAUGGUGGAGUCUGCAGGCAUGUGGAUGAAAGCUAAAAGGGAAUACUGUUGCUAUGCUGGAUACAGAAUUCAGUUUGCCUUGAAACAAGUUUUGGUUUAAAAACGUCUGAUGAAAAAUGUAUUACAUUUCCAGGGAGGAAAAGAGCUCAUGUUUUUGUCUUGCCAACCACCACCCCUCCCAAUCCCCCAUCUGUGGCCUUGGUGUACACACUGCAAUUUUUCCAGUAUGAUAACUAUGUACAGUGGAACUAUAUGUGUAUCGUCUGAGCUAAUGCUCAGGGUGUGUGUGUCUGUGAACUACAUGUGUAUCGUCUGAGCUAAUGCUCAGGGUGUGUGUGUCUGUGUGUGCGUGUGUGUGUGUAUGUACACACAUGACUGUGUGCCUGUGCUUCUGUUCCCCCAACCCUUAGAUCUCAUUUUGCCACUGGUUGUAAGACGAUCCCCUUACAGUUUAACUGUUACAAAAGAUAAAAGAUGAAUCUUUGGUGGUGAAGGCUCCUUGAAGAUAUAGUCUAACCCUGGGCAGUUGAUCCCCCAAGAGAUCAUGGAGUCAGAGGGAACCAGAUGCUAGACUUUGGAUUCAGAGACGAGAAAUCAGCACUGACCUGCUACCAGCAUGCCACUCCUAGGUCACUUAUAAAAUAUUGAGAGUUUUGGUUGUUUUUUGUUUGUUUUAACUCAAGCUAAGCAAAUCUUAUUUAGCCGUUGAAUAAAGGGGGAAAUGGUUUAAAGUCACUAAAAAAAAAAGUCUUGUUUUGACAACUCAAGGCUAAAACAAAACAAGACAAUCUCCACUUCUGGUGCAAGAUGGACCCACACCUUCCUCUGGUAUGUUUUCCUUGGUGUUCUUCCUGUUCUCCGUCUUGUAGCUAGUGUCUGUUAUUGAAAGGAUUCUUGAGGGUUACUUUCCCCUGGAGGUGUGGAAUACCCCACUUUAAAAAAAAAAAAAAAAAAGCUUUACAGUUUACAAAACACCUCAGAGAACCCAGAGGUGAAGGUAGUAGUACAUUUAUGGGAGGUCUGGGCCAGGAGGUUGGGGAGUCCAGGUAUAGGGAAAUCUUCGAGACCUGCCUCCAUGUCGGUAUGGUGCCUUGGCACUUCCUUUAUUUCAAAAUGAAAGCACAAUUCUCAUUUGACUCCCAAAAGAUGAUUCCCAUGAAAAUGUACCUUAAAGUAUCCAUUCUUUUUCUGGCACCAGACUAAAAAUUUCUAACCUUUUAAAUGAAUGGUAGGUUCAAUUUCAUGUGAAUUUUUGCUGGCAACUAAUUAAAAGCUGUACAUGUGUACGUGCAUACACGCAGUAGACCAGGGGAAGGCAAUAUGGAAAUAAAUUUCACAGUGGUCCAGAAAGUAGCAAUAUAGGAAUUUUGGGGGUGUGUAUUAGUGUAAAUAAUAUGCGUGCAGUCUAGACCAAUAGUUUUAGUUUUAUAAAGAGGAAUCAUUUUUUGUUUUAAAAAUAUUAUGCCCCCGGAAUGGUGAGGGAUAAAGUGUAAGAUAUUCUUCAGCUUUAAUUAUUUUAUAAUUUUAUUCAGGUCAGAUCGCUUUUUUUAAAAAAUAGCAAUACAACAGGCAAGAGAAUACUCAAAAUAUUUAAAUUGUAUUUAUACCAAGAGUACGUUUUAAAUAUUUUCUAAUACUUGAGCAGUUGUUGUCUGACUGGCUUCCAAAUAUGCCAAAAGUUAAGCAUUCAGUAUUUUCAACAUGUAUGCUUUUUACUGGUUUAUAUUACCUAAUAAGAAUCUUUAAGUGUUCCCAAAGCAAUGGAUGUUUACAGGCCUUUUGUGUUUUUCCUCCUUUAGAAGGCUUGGAGACCCACAACAAAGUUACUAUAUAAAACACUAAUGAUGGACUAACUUCUGAUGUAAUAAAUGAGUUGGCUACCACCUCGAUGUAAAAAUUUGUAAAGGAAAUUUUUCACGGAGUGUCAAAUGUAUUUUUAACUGUCUGGUUUGUACUUCUAUGACUUUUGUACUACCAAAGCAGAGUUAAAAAUAAAAACGUUAAACACAGU